AUGGACGACAGCCUGCACCCUCAAGAUGAAGUCCUACGUCAUUCCCUAGAAGACCCCGAAGGCUUUUGGGCGCACCAGGCAGAGCACCUGCACUGGCACAAGAAGCCCUCGACGACAUUGAAAGUGACAAAGAAAACGCUCAAGAGCGGUGUCACUCACGACUCAUGGGAAUGGUUUCCAGACGGCGAGAUCUCGACGUGCUUUAACUGUGUCGACCGCCACGUCCACGAUGGCAAGGGUGACGCGCCCGCUAUCUUUUACGAUAGCCCCAUCACUGGCACAAAGCAGACGCUCACGUAUAAGCAAUUGCUGGACGAGGUUGAGGUGUUUGCCGGGGCACUGAGGGAAGAGGGCGUAAAAAAGGGCGAUGUUGUUUUGAUAUACAUGCCAAUGAUCCCCGCGGCCUUAAUAGGCAUCCUCGCCGUCAGCCGCCUGGGUGCAAUUCACGCCGUAGUUUUUGGUGGUUUUGCCCCUAAUGCUCUCGCCCAGCGCAUGGAAGCAUCCCAGCCCGUUGCCAUCCUGACAGCUUCCUGCGGCAUUGAUGGUAACAAGCCCCCCAUGAGCUACAAGCCUCUCGUGGAAGAGGCAUGCCAGAUUUCCAGUCACAAGCCCGAGAAAGUGAUUGUCUGGCAGCGCGAGCAGAUCCGGUGGCACCCUAUCAAGAGGAACGACGGCGAACGCAACUGGCAGAGCAUCGUCAAGAGUUGUCGUGCAAGGGGGAUCAGGGCUGAGUGUGUACCAGUCAAGUCGACAGAUCCGAUUUACAUCAUUCAUACCUCGGGGACGACGGGGUCGCCGAAGGGAGUGUUGAGGGACGCUGCUGGGCAUGCCGUCGGGUUGCAUCUUUCUAUCAGUUACUUAUUCAAUAUUCAUGGCCCGGGUUGCGUAUCUUUUACAGCGUCUGAUAUCGGAUGGGUUGUCGGACAUAGCUACAUUGCAUAUGCUCCCCUCUUUACAGGCGCAGCAACGGUUCUCUACGAGGGCAAGCCUGUUGGAACGCCAGAUGCGUCAGCGUUCUGGCGAAUCGUAGAGGAGUACAAGGUGAAUACUAUGUUCACCGCACCAACCGCUCUUCGCGCCAUUAAGCGCGAUGACCCGGAAAAUAAAUUCUUUAAGCAAGUAGGAGAACGCGGCGGCCUGCGAACUCUCAAGGCUCUCUUUCUGGCAGGAGAACGGUCCGAACCGGCCAUCAUUACCAUGUACCAGGAGCUUCUGGAGAAAUACGGCGCCAUCGACGCCCACGUGGUGGACAACUGGUGGUCGACAGAAGCCGGUUCGCCAAUCACGGGGAGAGCUCUAGUGCCACAUGCCGGCAAGGACCGUAAUACAGACGUCCGCGACCAUCCUCCGCCUAAGAUAAAGCCAGGCAGUGCUGGCAAGGCGAUGCCCGGUUUCGAUGUACGGAUCGUGGAUGACAGUGGCAAUGAGGUACCUGGAGGGACGAUGGGAAACAUCGUCCUGGGGCUGCCGCUUGCACCUACGGCUUUUAGGACUCUGUGGCAAGAUGAAGAGAGAUUUUACAAGGGGUAUCUGAAACGUUUUGAUGGAAAGUGGCUAGACACAGGCGAUGCAGGCUAUGUCGAUGCGGAAGGUUAUGUCAACGUCAUGUCUCGCAACGACGACGUCCUGAACGUCAGCGCUCACCGUCUCUCGAGCGGCGGGCUUGAACAAGCCAUUACAUCACACCCGCUCGUCGCGGAAGCCUGCGUGGUGGGCAUCCCUGAUGCCCUCAAGGGCCAGCUUCCCUUUGCCUUCAUCACGCUCUCAACGCCUGAGCACCCAUCGUCUGCUGUACCUGACAAGAAGCUCACCGACGAGAUACAGACGCUCAUAAGGUCGCAGGUCGGCGCCAUCGCGACCCUGGGCGGGCUGAUCCAGGGGAAGGGCAUGAUUCCCAAGACACGCAGCGGCAAGACUCUGCGGCGUGUGCUGAGAGAGCUACUGGAGAACGCGGUGCAUGGCGAUUUCGACAAAGAGGUACAGGUGCCAAGUACCGUUGAGGAUGCCGGUGCUGUGGAGAUUGCGAGGAUCAAAAUCAAGGAGUACUGGGAGGUUAAAGGGGACAGUCAUAAGAGUACGGAGGCCAGGGCGAAGCUGUAG